GGUCAAUGUUGAAAUUUCUGUUUACGUUGAACAUUUGGGGAAUCAAAAAGGUUUUAAGCUUCUUUAACUCCAACAUCUAGCAAUAUGAGUUACAGAACAUCCCGUAAUGCAUUACCAUCAUCCAAGAAGACCCACUCCGAGAAGCAUAAGGCCAUAUUGAAGCAGCUUUUGAAGGAAGCCGCCAAUAAGACUUGUGUUGAUUGUAAAACUGCAAGUCAUCCAAGAUGGGCUUCAUGGAAUUUGGGAUGUUUUAUUUGUAUUAGAUGUUCAGGGAUUCAUAGAAGCAUGGGGACUCAUAUAUCCAAAGUGAAGUCUGUUGAUUUAGAUGCAUGGACCGAUGAGCAAGUUGAAUCGAUGGUUAAAUGGGGGAAUGAAAAAUGUAAUAUUUACUGGGAAUCAAAAUUACCAGCAAAUUAUAUUCCUGAUCAGCUGAAGAUUGAAAAUUUCAUAAGAACAAAAUAUGAUUUGAAAAAAUGGGUACUAUCUUCCAAUAUUCCUGAUCCUCUAUCAAUAAAUUUGAGUAAUCAUAAUACUUUAUCUAAUCAUAUUAAUUCAAAUUCUCAACCAAAUAUUAAUCAUACUUCUGUCCCUGAUAAAACUACUUUUAAACAAUCCAAUUCUCAACCUACUUCAACAAUAGAUUUGUUGGGUGGUGGUAACUCAACCUCAAAGCAAAAUGGUCUGUUAUUAGAUGAUGAUUUUGGUUCUUUCACCUCUUCAACUACUUCACCUCCUCCUCAGAAACCCCAGCCAGCCCCUCCAGUUAAGAACCAGUUACCUAAAGUUCCAACUCAAAAUAUCAGUCAAGGUAAACAAUCAGCACAAUCAACCGGGGGCUCUUUCAAUCAAAAUAAUGGCCGUCAAGAUUUGAAAAAAUCUAUUUUAUCAUUAUACUCAUCUCCUUCAUCUUCGUCUUCAAGUUUUAUUCAACCUUUAGCAUCACAACAGCAAAUUCCCCAAGUCCCACAACCUCAAGUCCCACAACAAGUUCAAAAACCAAUGCAACCACAACCACAACCACAACCAAACUCACAAAAUAAAAAUUUAAACUCCUUAACAAAUUCAUUAAGUGGAUUAAACUUUAAUACCCAACCAAGUAAUACUGUUUCAAAUAACUCAACUCAAACCUCAUUGAAUCAACUGGCAAAAUCUACAAGUUUACCUCCAGCUUGGAACAACGAAUGGGCUGAUACUACCCCGUCAAAUAGUUCCAACCAGUGGGCUAAUACAUCUACAAAUAAUGGUGUUAUUAAUAGCUCGAAAUUGGAUGAUGACUUAUUUAAAAAUGUCUGGAGUUAAAAGAAGACUAAAUAUCAAAGAAUAACAGUAAACAAAUGAAAAAAACAAAUUUAAAAGGAAAAAGAAAAAAAAAAGAAAAAUCUAUCUUUUUUUUUUUAAUAAAAUAGAUUAAUAGAUAUUAAACAAUCUG